ACAAUGCCACUUGUAUAAAGUGGUUAUCUUGAACGAAACGUAAUAAACGUCAAAAGCACGUGUAUUUAUUCCGUAGUGACAUUGACAGAGCUAUGUCAAAAUCCUAACCAAAAACUUGAGGACCAUCACCGUCUUUGAUUUAUUCGCCGUAUUAAAAACUAUUUAGAAAGUCCCAUGAAAGUGAUCAACCAAAAGUUGUAACAAUAUGGCUAAAGUGAAAAAUAAGAGGAAUUCGGGCCUUGCCGAUAAAGUGAACAACAAAAGGAAAACCGAAAUAAACAAAAAGAAGUUAAAUCCGUUUGAAGUGCAUAUCAACAGAGAAAAGAUUAAAGUUUUGGGCAAAAAGUCUAAACAUGAUCGAGGAUUACCAGGAGUUUCUCGUGCUAAAGCUAUUCAAAAGCGUAAGGAAACACUAGGUACAGAAAUGAAGCUUAUGAAUAAAACCAACACAUUUAUUGACCGCCGUAUUGGUGAGAAGAACAACCAGCUAUCAGCUGAGGACCGCAUGGUGGCUCGGUUUGCAGCAGAGCGAGCUAAGCAGCACAGCAAGAAGGAUAUCUAUAACUUAGCGGAUGAUGAGGUCUUGACUCACAGAGGACAAACACUUGAGCAGAUUGAAAAGUUUGAUGACCCAAGGUCUGAUGAUGAAGAGGAUGAAGAUGGCAGGAAGUUUGGAGGUCUAGGUGACGACUUUGUAGCAGAAGGCCAUUUUGGUGGAGGCAUGCUAUCAAAAACCGAAUCGAAAGACGGAGCUAAAUCCCACAAAGAUCUCAUUGAGCAACUCAUUGCUGAAUCAAAGAAGAGAAAAGCAGAGAAGCAGAAGGAGAAAGAACAGACUUUGGACUUAACAGAGAAGUUGGACAGUGAGUGGAAAGAUCUCCAGCCCGUAGUGUUCAAGAAGAUGAGAACGGAAGAGAAGGAGUCGGCGAUUGAUAAGCUGCUGAGUAAAGCUGAAAAACAGAGCUUUGAUUACGAUAAGAUGAUGAGAGAGUUGCGAUUUGAGAAGAGGGGAACUCCUUCAGACGGUUUGAAGAACGACGAAAAGCAAGCAAAAGAAGAAAUGGCUCGGUUAGAACAAUUAGAAAAGGAGAGAAUGCAAAGAAUGAUCGGUGAAGAGGUAACGCCAGCCAAAGCUAAACCCGACGCAAGGAAACACAGAUCAGCUGAAGACUUAGAUGAUAAUUUCGAACUGGAUGACGAACAUGACUUCAUGUUAUCAUAUGAUAAGGACGGCAAACCAUUGGUGCCCGAAGAAGUGUUGAAGGAUUACUCCGUACCGAAUGCAAAACCAAAAUUCAAUGACGGUAUAUCAGAUACGUCUGAAGAAGGUGAAGAUGAAGAAGAAAGUGACGAAAAUGAUGAUGAUGAUGAUGAUGGUGACGAAAGUGAGGAUGGCGCUGAUAAAAAUGACUCUGAAGCUGAAUCUGAAUCUGAUGAUGAGAGUGAGACCACAGACAAGAGUCAACCCAAAGACAAUGGCAAGAGCAAAUUAGUAGCUAAUGACGAUGAAGAUUCCGAUGAUGAUGAUGAUGAUGAUGAUGAUUCCAGUGUUGAAGAAAGUGAUUCACAAAACACAAAUACAAAAAGCAAACCUAAAGAAACUGCAAAACAAAAAACAAUUGAUGUUAAUUCAGAAAGUGAUUUAGAUGAAGAAAUAUUGAAACAAGUAAUUAGGUCAGAAGCUGGAAAUAAAACAGAGAAAACGGAGAAACCCUUAAAUAAAAGUAAAGAAGAGAAUACAAAAGUAAAUGAAGAAAUAAUAACAGUGAAGUCAGAAGAAGAAGAAGAGAGUAGUAUAGAAGAUGGUGAUGAUGAUGAGAGCAGUAUAGAAGAUGAUGAUGAUGAGAGUGUAUUAGAUUUGAAUGACUUGAGAGAUUUGAAGGAGUCGGAUGCUGAGAGUGAUGAUUUAGAUGUGGAGUAUUUGGAGAACAUUGAAAAGAUUGGCAAGUUCUUUGAUGUGAGUGCUAGCGAGGGAGAUAAAUUAAAGGAACUGCUGACCGGUAAAACACCAGCACAACAAUCCACUGUCUUACAGAAUUUAAUAAAAAGUUACGAUCCAAGUCUCUCCGAAAACAACAAAGACAAACUCAGCAAACUAUUCGCUUACAUGUUGCAAUACGUUAACGAUAUAUUCAGCAAUUUGAAAGAAGAGGGUGACGUCAUAAAGGCCUUUUUAAUAUUUGACAGAAUAGCCCCCCAUUUCUACGAUCUAGCCCAAACAAAUAAGGUCUCAUCCAAAAAGUUUAUAGUAGAACUCUUAAAAGAAAAAUACGAAAUAUUCAAAAAGAGGCAAAGACGCGUUCCUGAUAUGGAUACGUUAAUAUUUUUUAAGCUAAUAUCUAUUCUGUAUCCGACAUCUGACUUUAAACAUCCAGUCACAACGCCAGCUUUAAUAUUUUUAUCAGAGAUUUUAACUUUCUGUAGAUUUAACGAUCCUUAUUCGAUAUCACGAGGGAUAUUUGUUACUACACUUGUACUCGAAUACACGAUCUUAUCAAAGAGGCUGGUACCACCAGCGAUUAACUUUAUAAGAGGCAUUUUAUAUCUUUGCUCAAACACAACAGUUUUAAACCCAAUACAAGUUGUCCCGCCAUUCCGAUUACACAAAGACGCAAAGAUUUUGAAUCUAGAGAACGAUUGUUCUAAAAUGACAGUCGGGACCAAGAUGGCGGCUGCAGAUUUGACGUUAAAAGAAAUAAACGACGAUUUUAAAAUCCGUUGUUUGGCAUCAUCUAUGGGUAUAUUGAAAGAGUUUUUCGACUAUUUUAGCGAUAUUGAAGCUCAGGUUUAUUUAUUUGAGCCUCAUCUUCGAUUAAUAAGUAGGAUAGACUUGGAUUUGUACCCUGUAAAGGUAGUUUGUAGGAUAAAUGAGAUAGCGAAUUACAUGAAGGCUUGUUUGGAAGUUAAAACCUUUACGCCUUUGAGUAGAGAAAAGAAAAGGCCCAAGGCGUUAAGGCUCUAUGAACCGGAUAUACAAGAAGUAUUCACUGGCAGCAAGAGUUCGAAGUUGUCGCGCGAGCAGGCAGAGUCGCAGCGCCUCAAGAGCAAGUACAAGAAGGAGAUGAAGGGGGCCCUGAGGGAGAUCAGACGAGACAAGUCCUACGUCGCGUCUGUCAAGAUCCGGCAGAAGAUACAAAGUGACAAUGUGAGAAAGGAGAAGGUGAAACAGAUUUACAAAGACGCCUCAAUACAACAAGGAGAAUUAAACAAAAUGAAACGCAUGAAAUAACACUUGUUAUUUAAUUGUUAAUUUGUAAGAAAACAUUAAUAAAUAAAAUGUCAGAAAGAGCUUUUGGCUCUUUGAGAAAUAAAAAAAUCAAUCCUGGCGUUUUCCUUAUUUGACGGAUAAUUAAUUAAUGAAGGCCCCUGAAUCCCUAAUAACAAAAAAAACGAGAUUUAUUAAGUAUGAGUUACAACUACUUAUAUCGUUAAAUCGAAUUGAGAAUUUCUUUUUUUUAUCGAUUGAAAAUCAAAAUCGUUUUUAUUAUUUAUAUUCCAUAUUGAAAGUCAAAAUAGACAAUUAUUUGCUUUCCUUUUAUUCCAUUCACACCUCAUUAAA